AAUCGUGUGCGUGCUCAGCAACAGGUUGACUGUGCAGUGUGGUUUGAAACUUUGUGAAGUUUGAGAGUUGGCGGUACAAUUGUUCGUCUACUUCGUGUAUCUUCAUUACUAAAUUUGUUGACUUAGUGAUAUAAAGUAGUGUACGCUAUAACUGUUGGUCAAGGAUAACCGUUGAAACAAAUUUUGCAUAUUUUAGACGUAUUCAAAAACUCUAACCUCUCUAAAUUGUGACGAAUGUUUUCGAGUUAUUGGUGCAGUACUAAAUAAAAACGUAAUAACACUUGAUUUGUUCAUAUUGAUUUAGACUUUCUAAAUUCUCAAAAUAGUUUUGAAAAGGCAAUUCGGGCAUUCUUAUUGUCAUUAGAUUUAAAUGUUUAGUGCAAUUGUAAUAGCUUUAAUUCCAAGGUGUUGCUAACAUUAAUUUAAAACAAAACCGUUCUCGUAUUUUAGUAAAUUUCAUAUUUACUGAUAUUGUUAUAAUUUUUAAUCCAAUUUAAGGAAAACUAUGUCGAAAAAGUUGUUAAUUUAGACUACAGUACACAAACAGCAGACAAAACUCGCAUUUUUGUUAACACUGUAUUGCCAAAUGAAGUUAAUAUCAACAGUAAAAUAGAUUAGUAAACAAUAAUUUUUAUCCAAGUGCCUCACAACGACCAAUCUUCUUGUUCUAGUGACGUAACAAUAAUCUAAAAAUAACAGCAUUUGACCUCAGUGGUGGAGCUAUUCACAGUCAACAUUCUACUUCAUAUUUUAAAUGGAAACUAAAUAAUAAUGGAAGGUCAGCUAUAUUUUUUUAGAUUUGUUUUGGUGUAAGCAGUAGACGGUUUUAGUGCGAGUGUGAGAAAAACUGUGGAAAGUUACUGGAUAUCUGUAACAGUUUGUGACAUUACAAACAGUUUAGUUCUGUGUUUGGCCAAUUUGUGUUCCCAAUAUAAGGUGAUAACAGAAGUACUGAAGUGUAUUCAAAAUUCCAUGGUGGCAGGGAGGUGCAGCCAGUGUGAGGGCAGGCACGCCAUGGCCAGCAACCCUCUUGUCCACAGGUGAGGAGGUCGGAGUGGCCGGCUGGCCAUGCCCCCAGGGCCCCUGCUGCUCCUAGUCCUCCUGCUCGCUGCCACGGCCACCUCUCAGACCAAGAAGAACCUCACCAUUGGUUACCUCACGGCAAUCAAGGGAGAUCUCCGGGAUCGACAGGGUCUCAUCGCCUCCGGUGCAAUAAAAAUGGCUGUGGACCAGGUGAACUCUGACGAUAACCUGCUGCCGAAUGUGACACUGGUGCUGCAGUGGCAUGACACGCGUGGUGACACGGUACUCAGCACCAAAGUUCUCACGGACCUGAUGUGCGAGGGCGUCUACGCAAUCUUCGGACCAGAGGGCAGUUGCUACGUGGAGGCGAUCGUUGCCCAGUCCAGGAACAUCCCGAUGAUCAGCUAUAAAUGUUCCGACUACCGAGCGUCCUCGGUGCCGACUUUCGCCCGGACUGAACCACCCGACACGCAGGUGACAAAAUCUGUGCUGGCCCUGCUAAAGUACUAUGAAUGGUUCAAGUUCUGUAUCGUCUGGGAGGAUGACUGGAACUCGGUCGCCAGGUCCCUGAGCAAGGAGGCGAACGAAGUGAACAUGACGGUGACGGCGUGGCGGGAGGUGCAGAGCAGCAACAAGUGCUGCAGAGACAAGCUUCCGUGCUGCACCAACAACUUCUGGUACAACAUCAUCACCGAAACCAUGAACCUCACUCGCAUCUACGUGUUCCUUGGCCAAGCCAAGACGCUGGUGGAUAUGAUGCAGACUAUGCAGGCCCUGGGACUGUUCAACAACGGAGAGUACAUCGUCAUCUACGCAGAUCUUCUCACCUACUCCCCUCGGGAAGCCUACAAGUACAUCUGGAUGUACAACCACAUAGAUACAACACUGAGUUGUGAGAAGUCCGACUUCCAGAGGUCCAGGUCGUUGUUGGUUGUGGUGCCGUCGCCACCGUCCGAGAGCUACGAGGGCUUCUCCGAGAAAGUGCGGCUCUACAACAAUGAGCCGCCGUUCAGUUUCCCUACACCACCCGUUUUCACUGUCUCCCACGAAUGGUCCAAGUUUAUCACAGUGACAGCAGCCAACUUGUACGACUCUGUGUUAUUGUACGCGAGGGCACUGGACAAACUGUUGCGAGAAGAGCCGUUUCUCAACCACACCAUCAUCCAAAGUGUUGCCAGCAACGGUACUAGGAUAAUCGAGACCAUAAUUAAGAACCGAACAUACACAAGUGUAACAGGUGCUACGAUAAAACUCGACAGCAAUGGGGACUCUGAGGGCAACUUCUCCGUGGUUGCUGUGAUGAAGAAAGACUUCUCAUUGCAGUUCGGAGACCACAACUUCACCUGCGACUACUACAUGGUGCCGGUCGGGCAGUUCCAGCAGGGCGAUAAACUUCCAGAGUACAAGCUCAAUUCGCCCAGCUCGCAGCCGUUGUGGGUGAGUGGCCACAAGCCAGACGAUGAGCCAAGUUGUGGUUUCAAGAACGAGCUGUGCGGCAAAGACGAUUCACAGGAGGGCAGUAUCAUAGUGGCGGGGGUGCUGGGGCUGGUGUUGUUCUGCUCCUCGGUCCUCACACUCAGCAUCUACCGCAAGUGGAAGAUCGAGCAGGAGAUCGAGGGCUUGCUCUGGAAGGUCGACCCGGCAGAACUGCUUGGCUACAAUGGCAAUGAAAUCAUUCCCUCGCCCAGUAAGACAUCGCUGGUGAGUGCCACGUCGCUAGAGUCGCGGUGUGGAGGCCAAGUAUUCGCUGCGACCAGCCAGUACCGUGGGGUAGUCGUCAGGAUCAAAGAGCUCAAGUUCUCCAAGAAGAAGGAUGUGACACGAGACACGAUGAAGGAGAUGAGGAGGCUACGCGAAAUCAGGCACGAUAACAUCAACUCCUUCGUCGGCGCUUUAGUCGAACCCAUGAGGAUACUUAUCAUCACCGACUACUGCGCUAAGGGUAGUCUCUACGAUAUUGUGGAAAACGAAGACCUUAAACUGGAUAAAAUGUUUAUUGCUUCACUAGUCAAUGAUCUCAUUAAGGGUAUGUUAUAUCUCCAUUUGUCUGCGGCAAUAUGUCACGGAAACCUCAAGUCCUCCAACUGUGUUGUGACAAGUCGCUGGGUGCUGCAGGUCACAGACUUUGGCCUCCAUGAGCUGCGUCAGUGUGCGGAGACCGGCAGUAUCGGGGAGCACCAGUAUUACCACAAUAUGCUGUGGAAAGCUCCGGAGAUACUGAGGGACCCUCAUGCUCCAGUGGAGGGCACAUUUAAGGCUGAUGUUUACGCUUUCGCCAUUAUCAUGCAUGAGAUAAUCGGGAGGCGAGGGCCUUUUGGUGCUUGUGGAUUUGAUGAGCCAUCACAAAUCAUCAAGAUGGUGAAGCAAGAGCCGGGCCCGGGUGAAGCACCUUUUCGCCCCAACUUGGAGCAGUUACGGGACUGUGAAGCGGGGCAGGACUACGUCCUCAGUGUCAUCCAGGACUGUUGGGCGGAGCAGCCUGAGCUGCGUCCGGACUUCCGGACCAUCCGAGCUCGGCUCAAGUCUAUGCGGGAGGGCAAGCAGAGAAACAUAAUGGACCAAAUGAUGGAGAUGAUGGAGAAGUACGCUAAUAAUUUGGAGGAUCUAGUCAACCAGCGCACCCUCGAGGUGUUCGAGGAGAAGAGGAAGACGGAGGAUCUGCUCCAUCGGAUGUUACCAAAACCGGUGGCCGAGAGACUGACUCGAGGGUAUGGAAUAGAGCCGGAGUCAUUUGAUCUAGUCACCAUCUACUUCAGCGACAUUGUCGGAUUCACCCAGAUGUCUGCCGAGAGCACACCACUCCAGGUUGUGAACUUCCUGAACGACUUGUACACGCUGUUCGACAAGAUUAUCAAAGGCUACCAAGUGUACAAAGUGGAAACUAUCGGAGAUGCGUACAUGGUUGUAUCUGGUCUGCCGAUACGGAACGGGGACAGUCAUGUGGGAGAGAUCGCUUCGAUGUCACUGGACUUGUUGGCCGCGGUCAAAAACUACCGGAUCGCUCAUCGGCCCAACGACACACUCAAGCUGAGGAUAGGGAUACAUACCGGGCCCGUGGUGGCCGGAGUGGUAGGCCUGACGAUGCCGAGGUACUGCCUGUUCGGGGACACGGUGAACACGGCGUCACGGAUGGAGUCCAACGGACUGCCGCUCAAGAUCCACAUCAGCCCGCAGUGUCGGAACGCGCUGCUCAAGAUCGGAGGCUACACUAUGGAGGAACGCGGACUGGUCAGCAUGAAGGGCAAGGGUGAGGUCCUCACCUACUGGCUGACCGGGGCAUCGGACAAGGCCAUCCAGCGGAGAGUGGUGGACCUGGACGAACUGCCCCCACUGUUCUGUCGGCCCCGCCGCAGCCCCAAGCUGAUGGGAGACCGCCGCCACUCGUCGGUGCCACGAGGCAACAGUAUCGACAAGGGAGUGCCUGACUUCCCCGGGCCGCUGCGGCGGAUCGUGCAAGAGGCCAGGUCUCUCGAUCCCUUCCCAGACAAGCGACUGGAUAAGCUGUCCUCCAACAAGCGGAGUUACCACUCGCUACAGGAGAACAACUUGCACAGUCUGUGUAACGGGCCGAACGGAGAGAGAGCGAUGGGGAACGGUGCGCUGGUCUGUGAUCCCCUCCUAGACAACAAGCGGUGGCAUUCACUCGAGGAUAUGCCGCUGGAGAACAUCCACAUCAAGAAGAUCAUCCCUCGUGCAACCAUCCGCUCGUGGCUGUUCGGAAUCUUCCACGCAAACAGUUUCCGUAACAGCGACGCCAGCUUGCGCAAGACGGCCUGCAACUACACGGACCUGCAGGCGGAGAAGGAGAGCAUCGUAUGACGAUCCGUCACGCAGGCCGAGACUAUAAAUACAGAAUGAUAGUCUGCCAUGCUGUUGUUCUCGGUCGAUUCAAACAGAUGAGUCGAAACUCGAUAGUGCUCUAAAUAUUAUAGCACUUUACACAUUAUUCAGUGUAAAGCGUUUUCUAUGUGUGAUGAUGAUCUUCUUUAAUCUUGAUCAAGCCCCCAUUUUAUCAUUGAUAUAGGCGAAUAAACCAAUUGAUUAAAAACUAUUUUUCCUAUGCAGUAAUUUUAUAAAAUCUUAUAAAUCUAGUAUAUUUUUCUACAAAGAUUCUUUGAAAAAAAUUAUUUAGUACAUAAACGUUAUUAUGUUACAGAGCUGACUUACUGGUCACUGUAAUUGUAUUUUUAUAGGCUCGUGUACUGUUUUAAUCAAAAUAAAUGUCGUAGUGGUUAGUGCUGUCGUCAGUCUGGUGCUUUUAGUGGUAAACAGAGAAGCAUAAUACCGCAGAACAAAGUCUACACUGUACAUAUGUUACUGAUGUUUGUGAUAUCUUAGAUCUUUCGGUUAGUAAAUAUUUUGGACUUGACAAGUUUUAACGAGUAACGAGAGGCCGUAUGUCUUCUGGCAUAUUGUACUUGUAAGGCGAACGGCGCGUGUCAGAGUCAGGGUAUCUUAACUACGUGUAAUUUGUAUAUAUCAAGUGCCUGUCGCGGUGGCGUCCGUCACCGCUGUAUUUAUUCUGACGUCAUUUAACUACUAGGUUUAGUCGUAAGCAUUGUUAAGCUAUGUGAUAUGUGUACAAGUAUGUAUUUAAAAGCGUUUGUCUACUCGUGAGACGAACCUGUCAAUAAAGGGCCUUAUGCAAUUUAGUAGGGAAAUAUUUGAAUGUGAGGUUACGAUCAGUUUAUUUUAAAUGUGUAUUUUUGCUUUUCUUAUUUGUAAAAGCCAGAUUUGUACUGUCUAGCACAAAUGACAGUGUUUUUACUUUGAUUUGCACGUAAUUGAAAUCACGUUUACUGUUGGUGCUAUUGAUAUUGCUGUUUUCUAUUUUUACAAUACACUAUUGUAAGGUUAAGUCUGGAGUAUUUGUGUCCAUCUGCAGAGUUGCAUGUCUGAUAAUAAUUCAGGAUGAGAAGUUAGAUGUUUAUAAUUAAAUACUAUUUUUAUUUCAAGUCUCUAGCAAUGAAUUCGUGACAGUAAUUUUUUCUGGAAUUAUAAAACUGUGUGCCUUCCCGGAACGGUAGAGCUGUUACAUUUUUAUUUUGAACUGGAUAACGUAACGUUUAGUCGCUUAUAAAACGUAUUUAUUUUGGUGCUUGUCUUUAAAAAAUAGUCACUCUUAAGUCAUUGUUUUCUUAGUUGCUGACGUAGUGUCACUGUACGUUUUAUCACUGAAGACAAUCGUGUUUUCACCAUGUACUGUCUGAUAAGGGAUGAAAAUAUAUUUAGUUACUGUGUACGUUGAAUAUGGGUACUUUUACUUGUAGUUUAUGCGCUGUUAUGGUUCUUUUAAAUUAUGUACUUCUAAUAUGUGUAAUACGUUUAACAAAAAAACUUCAUAGGCAAUUACGGAUAGUUAAAUUAAUUUCUCUUGUAAGACUUUUUCAUUAUUAUCUUUUUGUUUAUUUGUGUUUAAACAACGUUACAGGUACAUAGAUUUUUGUGCAUAUAAGUAAGGUAUAUGAAUUUUUAGUCAGAACCAUCCAAGCAAACAUAUCAAUGACUCGAUGGUGCCUGCUAGAGAAGGAGAGUUGCACUGAAGUACGUAUUUAUUGGCCUUUUCAGUUCGCCAACUAUAGAAAUUAUGUAAUACAACUAUAGUGUGAGUGUUACACAACCUGUGUUGUAUCGUAAUAGUAGUACAAGAAAGGUGUUAAUUGUAAUAUUAUCAGUGAAAAAAACAUGUAUUCCAAUAAGAAAUGUUUUGUAAUAUUAUAGAAAUUUUUAGUUUUAGAAAAACCAGAAAUUGUUCAAUUUCCUUACAUGAAACAAUCCGGUAAGAUGUUCAUUAGACAUAAUGAUAGAUGUUUUUUUAACAUAAAUGUAACAAGGUACAGUUCAAUAAACUGUUGAAUAAAUUUAGAUUGUUAAAGACAUCUGAAUAAAGAAUACCAAUAGUUUUAAUCUUAUUUUUUGUACCAAAUGUAUUAAUUCCCUUAAUAUGUUUAAACAGAAAUGUUGAGUGUUAAGUGUUGAUACAAAAAAAGAAUAACAGAAUUAUAAACAUUUGCCAUCAUUAUUUGUUUUAACAACAGAAAUCAAUAACAAUGGCAAAUGUUUGUCAUCCUUUGAAAUUAUCCUUCAUCAGUAAUGAAUUUGAAUUUGAAUCAUACACCCAAACGGCUUUAAAAUAUUGAAAGAACUGUUGAUAUUACCUUCAAUUGUUACUAUACAAAUUUGUUAUAUUUUUAAGGGAAACUAAAUCCAAUAUGUAUAAUAUAAUAUUUGGUGGGCAAUCACAAUUUCAAACAUAACAAAACAAUGGUUUCUCCAGUACCAAAGUUACUAUUUUUCCCUACUUUAAAAUGUUUCCUUUGGCUAAAUAAAUUUGAAUAUUGGAGCUAAAUGUUAGUUUCAUUAAAGUUGUUAUUAAUUUAUAUUUGUUUGAAAAUCUGUUAGAACAUUUGCUAUAUUUUAUGUACGGUACUAAUUUAUUGUAUUCAGUUGUAGUCUAAAUAACAAUGUUUAUGUCGAGAGUUUUACAGCAGUCUGACGAGAGUUAUAAUAAAUUGAUACAACGGAGGAUGAAAGGACCUGACAGAACAUAAUAAAAGAGGUAGUGUACAGACUGCCCUUGACCUUUUGACAUUGAAAUCAAUAGAGUUAUUCCUUGGACCAAAAGGAACUUAUGUACAAAGUCUCAAAUCUUUAAAAUCUUCCUAUCAAAAGUUAUCGUACAUUCAAACGGACGACAUGAUUUCUAUAAUGCUUUAUCGGGUCCUUAAUAAAUAUUUUUAGGUGUCAAAACUUGACCUACCUUCACGAUGUGGCAAUCUUUCUACGUCUUGUGGGUUUUCAAUGUUCUUUGAAGAGCAUCGUUGUGCAGAGUAUCCACAGCCUGCUGCAACACGAAGCACAAAGUAAAAUACGUAUAAAUAAUUUCUAAUUGUUUGUAAACAUUAAAACAAUUAUUGUUACUGUUAGGAACUAAAGUAGACUGAGAAACGAGUUCGGUGUUCCGAUUACAACAACGUUAUUUGCAUUCCCUUCCAAAUACAGGUAUGCUAACUGUAAAGCCCUUCAAAGUUGUGCAAUACUUUGGGGAUCUUGUGAUACGUGUAGUGUAUAUAUUAAUUUAGUUGCCAAUUUAAUUUAGGUUUGCAAGUUGAUUGUAACGACAUAAUGAUGCCAUAUUAUUUUAGUGCAUUAUAAUUUAUUGUUUUCUUUUUAUAUAGUUUUUGCCAAGGAAAAUUAGGACAGUCAUUUUGUGGCCAUAUUAAGUUAAAACACGUUGGAAUAAUAUUACAGAAUGUUGUUAAGAUGUAUUAUUGUACAGGUAGUUCGAUAGCAUUGUACAUAUACCUGCGUCAGUUUAAGUGUCUAUUCAUUAAUGUUGUUUGUAUUUUAUAAAUAUUGUUGGAGGAAAUAUGAUGUUGGAUGAGAGGUGUCGUUUUCUAUGUGAUAUAGAAACAGUUUAUAAGUUACUGAUGUGUAUAAAUUUGAAUUAUAAAUUGUAAAUAAAGGAAUCAAACGUG